AUGUCCAAGAAGAUCAUCACCGUGUUCGGCGCCACGGGCGCUCAGGGCGGUAGCGUCGUCAACAUCUUCCUCAACGACGCCAAGCUCAGCAAGGAUUGGCAGGUCCGCGGCGUCACCCGCGAUGCCACCAAGGACUCGUCCAAGGCUCUCGCAGCCAAGGGCGUCGAGGUUGUCGCUGCCGACCUCGGUGACAAGGCUUCGCUGGCUGCCGCUGUCAAGGGCGCUUCGGCCGUCUUCGCCGUGACCAACUACUGGGACAAGAUGGACAAGGAGCUGGAGAUUCAGCAGGGCAAGAACAUUGCAGAUGUGGCUCUGGAGGCUGGCGUCGAGCAUUUCAUCUUCAGCUCUCUCCUCGACGUCAACAAGCUAUCCAAGGGCGCCCUCCCCGACGUGUACCACUUUGACAGCAAGGCCGCCGUUGAAGAGUACAUCCGCACGACCUCCCUCCCCGCAACCUUCUUCCUCCCGGGCUUCUACAUGGCCAACCUCCCCGGCGGCAUGUUCCGCCAGACGCCCCCCGACAACGCCUGGGGCCUCAGCCUCCCCGUGCCCGCCAGCGCGCCCAUCCCGUUGUUUGACGCGGCAGCCGACACGGGUAAGUUUGUAAAGGGCAUCGUGCUGCACCGCGAAAAGGUGCUCGGCAAGCGGGUGUACGCGGCGACGAGCUACGUCACGGCGGGCGAGGCGGUUGAGACGUUCAAGAAGGUGUAUCCGGAGGCGGGCAAGACGGCGCGGUUCAACGAGCUCACGCACGAGCAGUUCAAGGGCGCGCUCAAGGGCCAGGGGAUGCCGGAUUUCGUGGCCGAGGAGAUGUUGCAGAACAUGAGGCUGCUCGACGAGUUUGGGUACUAUGGUGGGGAGAAGCUGGACGAGUCGCAUGCAAUUGUCGAGGAUACGUUGACAACGUGGGAGGAGCAUGUGAAGAAUGCCAAGGCCUUUUCUGGAUUGGCGUAG